AUGAAUCGAGUGAAUGCUGGUACACAAACAGAGAAUCAAUAUGCAGCAGAUAUGAGAUACGGAUAUAAUAAUAAUAGCGAUCAAAUAAUUGACGAACAUUCACCUUGUACUGCUCCAUCAAAUGUGUGUACUGUUGGUGCACAAACAACAUUGCCGCCCAUCAACUCUAUAGCAUUUCAAUCUCUGCCACCAGUUUAUGAGCAAAAUGACUUUUACUGUCAAACAAGUCCGCUGGAUAGUACCGAAUUUGGCACUCAAAUGUGUGCUGGUGAUAUGCGAUAUUUGAACGAAUACAUUGAAGAAGAUUUCGAUGAAAACAAUAACUUCGAGAAGGAUUCUGACGGAAUAUGCAGCCGUUGCUCGGUGCCGAAUACAACGCGAACAACUGCAGUCAACACGACAACAACCAGUGUUAACACAAUAACAACAAGAAGUUGUAGUACGAUAACCAACGAUACAUCGUUGUCAUUAUCUGCUGCUGCCACAACCUCGUCGAACAUGCUUGUUGAUGCGUCCAUUGAAACAUCACCGUUAGAUUUCACUGCUGAGGAACGUGAAUUCAGACAUGCCGAAACACAUGUGGAUGAAUUCGACUUUGAUGAAUUCUUAAGAAAUAUUCAAACGCAGACCAAUGAUGAGGAUUAUCAGUUUUGUUCAACAGUAGUAACUAGUCAGCUAGAUGCUUUAACACAGACUGCAAAUGAUUUUAUUGAUGAUUUUUCGAUGACCGAUCGCUGGAACACUUUGUAA